CGUCUCCCAUUCUCAGCGCGUGCGCGCGUGUGUGAGCAGCGAGUGUGUGUAUGUGGGUCUCUCUCCCUCCCUCACACACUCGGCGUCUCUCCUGGGAUCCUCGCAUCCCCUUCACCAGCAGCCGGCUCCCCCCCACACAGCAGUCACCAUUUCCGCCCCCGGGAGACCCACGCUGGCAGCUCAGCCGCUUCCCCGACUCAGCAUCGGGAGGAAGACCCUGGUGGCAGCAGCCGUGGGGGUCAUGCUCGUCCUGGUGCUGGUCGUCCUCAUCCCCGUGCUGGUGAGUUCAGUGGGCACGGAUACCAGCCACUACGAGAUGUUGGGCACCUGCCGCAUGGUGUGUGACCCCUACCUGAACAAGGGCACCACCACCAGCGCUAACAGCAUCCGAGCGGAGGCCGAGGCCUUGAGUGACCACAGCGUCGUGCCCCCACCAUCUACCCUGUUGCAGGGGCCGCAGGGGAAGCCAGGACGGCCGGGGAAGCCGGGGCCCCCGGGGCCUCCUGGGGAGCCUGGGCCUCCAGGACCGGUGGGCCCUCCUGGAGAAAAAGGAGACACUGGAAGGACUGGGAUACUAGGCCUGGGGGGGGACGGAGCUAUCAGCACGGCUACCUACACCACCAUCCCCCGGGUGGCUUUUUAUGCUGGGCUUAAGAACCCUCACGAGGGUUACGAGAUUCUCAAGUUCGACGAUGUUGUCACCAACCUGGGCAACAACUACGAUGGCUCCUCGGGCAAGUUCAUCUGUAGCAUUCCAGGUACUUACUUCUUCAUCUACCAUGUGCUGAUGAGGGGUGGUGAUGGCACCAGCAUGUGGGCAGACCUCUGUAAGAAUGGCCAGGUGAGAGCCAGUGCCAUUGCUCAAGACGCAGACCAGAACUACGACUAUGCCAGCAACAGCGUUAUUUUGCACCUGGAUGCUGGCGAUGAGGUCUACAUCAAACUUGAUGGGGGCAAGGCCCAUGGAGGGAACAACAACAAGUACAGCACCUUUUCUGGGUUCAUCAUCUAUGCCGACUGAAGGGGAGGGUUUGAAGACCAGAGCACUUUUUCAGAUUCUGUCUCUCUUUCUUUCUCUCCAUCUCUCUCUAUCUCUCUCUUUCUCCACUCUGAAAAUGGACUCUUUCUUUCAUCCUGAGGGUGCAGAGAAAGCUCUGAGUGGCACCCACUCUACAUGCUGGUGUUUUGCCCAGUCAGAUAUGCUGAAAAUUUUGUUUUCAAACAACUUUGCCAGAUUGAAAAAGCUGACCUUGUCUCCAUAGCAGAAAGGACACAGGCCUUCCAAUCCAGUCUGGAUUGACUUCACAGAGACCCCUGCCUUGCCGUCUUAUACCUCCUCCUAGCAUAUAACUAUUUUCCUUUGUCCAAACAUGUAAAAUAAGGAAGUGCAAAAAUCAUUGCAGCUAUUUCUUUGUGAAAUCUGUAGUACCUUAUAAGAAUAGCUUGUCUCUGAGGGCCUAAGUAUGCUUUGAGAUUGGGGACUCGAUGAAAGCACAGCAUUAUCUUAACAGAAGACAAAUUUGAAGGUCUCAGCUCAAGGGGGCAUUCUUUCUUUGACUGGCUGUUAUGAAUUUCACAUGGAACACAUUGCCACUUGGUGGUUGCAUAUUGUCAUGUUUGUUUUUUUUAAUGCAAUGCUUGCUGUAAGCACACCUGGCCAGACUUGUGGUUGAAUGUUGUUAAUGCAGGACCUUCCCGAGAAAACAUGGUUGCCCACAUGUUCUGCACUAUAACAAUUCCCAUCAGCACCCCCUGCCUUCUGUCCUUGUUUGUCUGUCGUGUCCCAUUGAUGGACUACUGUAUGCAUUUUUGGAAGGCCCCAAGUAUAUUAGAUAUUCUAGUUUUGACCUAGCAGUCCUUAAAAUGAAGUCUUGCGAUAUUGUAAUUUGUAACAGGCUUAAAGGUAGUAAUGACACAAGAAUCAAUACUUGAUCUUUCAUCCAUUAUCAAAUGUCUAAGUCAUCUGUUUUAUAGUUUCCAUGCCCUGGAAAUGUAUGAGCAUGUAUAGAACAAUAGGCUUUAGUCAAUUAUCUGAAGCCGGUUUGAAGCAUUUCACAUAGUUCAUUUAUCAAAUGGCUCAUCAGUGAAAAUAUGCCUCAUAGAAAUGGAUUAAAAACCCUUCUGAUUGAUCUCCAACUUGGAUUCAAAGAUUGGUUUACCAGCUACAAAUCCUCCUGCACUUACGUUGAUCACAUGGAAAGACUGCACUUGAAAUUCUUGUGAAAGUUUAGGAACUACACUUGAAAAGCUUGUGAUUGUUCAAAUUGUGAGUAUGUGUAUGAAUGUGUCAUUGCUAUAUGUUUUGUUGUCCUGGAUAUCCUUCAUGUCAAACAAUCACAGACAUCUUCAUCAGCCAAUGAGAUUGCAGUAAGUGGAGAGGUGAGAAUCUCUGAAUGCAGAUACAGAUUAAAACUUGUUAAAAUGCUUGUAAAUGAAAUGUGUUAUGUUUGUCAAUCUUUAUUUUUUUGGAAUUGUUCAAUAAAUUAUAAUAAUAAAUGGGAUUUUGGAGUUCCUUUUCUCAUAUGGAUUAUUUUGCCAUAUACUGUAUAUACACUCAGUGACCACUUUAUUAGGAAGACCUACACACCAACUUGUUAAUGCAAAUAUCAAAAAGCAUAAGAUAUGGUCAAGCGGUUCAGCUGUUUUUCAGUCCAAAUGUUAGAAUAGGGAAUAAAUGUGAUGUAAGUUACUUUGACAGUGGAAUGAAUGUUGGUGCCAGACAGGGUGGUUUGAGUAUCUCAGAAACCUGCUGAUCUCCUGCGAUUUUCACACACAACAGUCUUUAAAGUUUACAUAGAAUCGUACAAAAACCAAAAAGACAUCCAGUGAGUAGCAGUUCUGCGUGCAAAAACACGUUGUUAAAGAGAGAGGUCAGAGGAAAAGGGUUAGACUGGUCGAAGCUGACAGGAAGGUGACAGUAAUGCAAAUAACCACGCAUUACAACAGUGGUAUGCAGAAGAGCAUCUCUAAACACACAAUGUGUCAAACCUCUAAGUGGAUAGAAGAUCAACAAGUCUAAAAAAUAACUAAUAAAUACCUAAUAAAGUGCUCACUGAUUUUAUACACACACAGCUAAAUUAAUAAAGCAUUGAUACAGUGACACAAUUUUUGUUCUGUUUUGGCUCCAGCACAUUGGACUGGAAAUAAAACAUUGAAGAUGAGUUUAAAGUGACAGCUUUAAUUUAAGGGUACUUACAUACUGUAACUAUAAAAGUUAUAGGCAAAACAACUGUCACUGUGCCAAAACCUUUGCAUUUGAUUAUAUAUAUAAAGGUUAUUGCCAUUUUUUUUAGAUACACAGCAAGGAAACGGGAAAGAGAAAAAAUGGCAAAAGACCUAAGGUUGGACUGAAAUGGAUUGCUUCAUUUGCUGUAUACAUACAAUAGUGUGCAUGAAUAGAUAUUUGUCUUGUUUUUGUUUCUAAAAGGGUAUUACAAAAAGAGCAUUACUUGUCACUGGAGAUAAGUCAAGAACCAUUGAAAUAAAAAAUGUACUUCAGUGGUGCA